AUGACAGGGAAAAGUAUUUGGUCUUUGGCUUGUACAACGGACGAACAAACGAUUGCAACGGGUGGUGGAGAUGGCGCCAUUAGGCUUUGGAUGCUUGAGAAUGACGUGGAAAAUACGAGGAAAGAACAUCAUUUCGUUUCGAGCAUCCCACAGCAACAAGAGAUGACCACCUCUCAAACGAAAGAGGAAACUCCUCGAUUGAUCGGCUUACUUCAAGAUGCCAGUGUCCUAAUCAUGACAGAUCAAGGGAACCUUUACAACUUCACGUGGAAACACGGUGGUACUUUACAAUCUCCGGGAAUAUGGAGCCUCAUUCAUCAUGAGCCAGCGUACGCGUCUUACAGCAUCAUGGCGCUGUCUGAUUGUCGAACGAUCGUAGCUCUUGGCAACCUCAAUGGCAGUAUCAAACUUAUUUCUUUAACUGAACUUUCGUGGUGUGCCCUCGAGAGAAAACCCUACACUGACAAAGUUCUAAGUCUUCACUGGAUCAAAGACGAACGAGGCGAGGGUAAUUUUCAUCUGUUCUCGUGCGGACCAGAAGGUUUGGUUAUUUGGUGGUCAGUCGAGGGUCGAGGGAAGAGUAAAGAAUUUCACUGCGAAGUGAAGGCAAGAUUCCGUUUACCGUAUUGUCGUCAGAGAUGGCCAAACUCUGUGUUUUUGGUCGACGGAGAUUCCCUCUGCUCGACGUUUCUUCUCUGUGGUGAUCGACGAGGGUCGUUGCAUGUUUUUAAAGCGACGAAUGAAAACGAGGCAACGGAUCCAAAACAGUCCUUGAUUGGUAUCCACGGUCGGAAUGGUGUGACAUCGAUAUGCAGGAAUUCUGGGUACAUUUAUACCACCGGGAGAGAUGGCUGUAUAAGACAGUAUAGAUUGUCUGAGGGAGAACUGGAACUACUCGACAAGAGAAAGGUUUACAAGGGGAUGGAAUGGAUUGAUAGGGUUAAUUUCACGCCCGAGGGUGAAGUGUUGGUCUAUGGAUUUCACACGGUGGAUUUUAUUAUCUGGAGCAUGACUCGAAAUGAGGUCUUGUUUCGUAUUCCUUGUGGUGGCGGUCAUCGCAACUGGGAUAUUUCCUCUACCACGACAAAUCAUGAUCUGGUAUUCACGUAUCUCAAACAGUCCUCGAUAAACUUGCAUAUCUUCUCUGCAAUUCAGAAACAACAGCGUUCAUCCAUUAUUCAGGAAAGUUUUCAUGGACGUGAAACCAACUGUGUUCAUUUUAUCAGACCUCUACAAAAAACCAGCGAAGAAAUUCAGUUAAGCUCUCUUUUAGUAACUGGUAGUGAAGAUACCACGAUUAACAUCAUGUCCUACAAUCCCCAGGAAAUCAAUCGACAAAGAUUCCGUAAGGUUGCAUCUUGCGAGGGUCAUAUCUCAAGCGUCCGUUGCUUGGCUUAUAUUGAACUAAAUCCUCAAGACUCUGAAGAAACGCCUUCUCCUAAACACCUGAUAUUCUCUGGUGGUAGCAGAGCCUCCAUAAAAUGCUGGACGUUGAAUGCGGACAGUAUUCUGAGCGACAAAAAAAGCGACAGCUCUUCGAAAGAAGGGGCAUCUUUGCACUCUAGUUGUACGCUUUUUGCAGAGCUGAGAACUCUCUCACGUAGGUCACGAAAGAAGAAACGACUCCGCCACGAUGUUGAUGUCGAGGAUUUCUCGUGUGAUGUUCGUAUCAUGUCGCUCAGUAUACUUUCACUUGCUGAAAUUCUAACUUAUCCAGGUGGAAGUUUAAUGGAUAUCCGCCCGAAUGCUGUUGGAGUAAUUGCUGCUUGCUCGGACGGAUAUCUUAGAUUUUAUUUGUUUGACUAUAAACUAAAAACCUUCACGAACAUCGGUCGAGGAAAGUGCAACGAAAGAUGUUUACUUCGUACAGGACAUUUUAACCACAUCGAAUCUGCGAAAACUCACGUUGUUGUUUACGCGUCAGACACGGCUGGGUACAUCAGCUUCUGGGAUAUCACGCAUAUGUACGUUGAGCAUUGUGCUCGUUUGUACAAAAAUACUGAUGAUUUAGAUGCAAUAGAUGAGCAGCUUUGUAAGUUAGACAUGGAAGAUGAUGGCCCUGUCUUGGAUGACGAUGAUUUCCAAACAGGAAGUGCUGUUAAGUGUUCGAACGACCGAAUUAUGCUUAGUUCAAAAAACGAUCAUAUAAGAAGACCAUUUUGUUCUUAUAAAAUCCAUCAGUCCGGGGUGAAUUCUAUCAGCUUACUAAGAAAAAACGACGGGAGUUUUGUGCUGUGCAGCGGCGGUGAUGACGGCGCUGUUGUAUUUACUACUUUCAAAAUUCAUGGAUCAAACGAAGAAGUAGAACUGCGAUGUUGGAACAUGGUUUCAAUUCCCGAUGCGCACACGUCUGCCGUUACUGGUGUGAAACUCUUGGACAGCGAGACAGCUGUUUCUACUUCCGUCGAUCAGAGAAUGAAAUUGUGGAGAAUGGAUUGGAGUGAUGAGGGAACAAAGUUGUGUGCGGUCAAUUUAAUUGAUAUUUUCUGGCUCGAUGUAGUCGACAUUCAAGACAUAGACGUGCUGCGGAACAAAAUUUAG